AUGGUAAGUGGAACAGGCCCAGUAACGAAUCAGGCUGACACGGUCGCAUUCUGGCUAUGCCUGUGGUCAGAGCCCGUAAACCACAACGAGGGCCCCUGGACGGAAGUUGUGGUGAGUCAGUGUGCAAAUAUAACGCCCAUGGACCCCGUCAUCGUAGCUAAGGCGGUCCGUACGGCCCCGAACUGGAAAAGUCCGGGGCUCGACGGGCUGCAUCACUACUGGCUGAAGGGGUUCGUGGUAUGUCACGCUGUGCUCGCCCGGCAGUUUCAAGAGGCUCUCAACCAGAAGUCGCUCCCGAGCCUCUUCAUUACUGGGAUCACUCAUUUGGUUCCUAAAGGCCAGGGUGCCACAGACCCGAGCAAAUACCGCCUAUCACGUGUCUACCGACCAUAUACAUAA